AAAUCUCACGAACAAGCAAUCAAAUGUUCCGAAUCUCCCCAUAGGGCGUUUGAGCCAUCCAAAGGAAUCGAAGCUACAUCUGCAUUGCAUUGUCGAUCUUCCAUCAUACUGGCCAGGCCUUACAAAGUGGUUUGGCAGCUGAAUGAUAAGUGAAAAAGCUUCAUUCCACACUCAUGUCACUAGAGGCAACAGUGUACGAAGCAAGAAGUAACAAGUUCAAUAUAUUUCUUUUCCAUUCUUUCGUGUGAUCAAUAUUCCUCCUUAAUACAACUACAAAGCAUGGGUUUGUAGACUGCUCAGCGCCUUCCUCUUUUCUCUAUUAAAUUGCGCUGGACUCAUAGUCUACCAACCGCCGUUAUCUCCAUUACUUUCGCGAAAUGGUUUAUUGUGGUAAGCCAAGUAAAGCUUGCGCUGAAUGCAGGCUUCGUAGAACCAAGGUGAGCAAGCACUUCGUGGAAAAUAUGGAAACAAUCACUCAUCUGCACCAGUGUGACGCUUUAACACCUUCAUGUUCACAAUGUAUUCGUGCAGGGCGCCUUUGCACGGGGUACAGAACCGAAGCAGACAUGAUGUUUCGUGACCAGACGAAACACUACGCCAACAGACGUCGAAAUCAAAAUGAAUCUCGAACUUCUGUGUCUAGGCGGAGAAAUAACGCGUCAAAUGACACAUUAGAUUUCUCUAUAGAUCCUCAAUUGACUAGCGAACCUAAGCUCCAGCUUGUGACGCAGACCACACCACUUACAAUCGAGCUUUCUACUUCUUCAUCCGAGCAGGCUACAUGCUACUUUUUUCGGAACUACGUCUUAGAAGAUAACUCGACAAGUGGUAGCUUCCAGUAUCUCCACGACAUCUAUGGUAAUGAGCUCAUCGGCUCCGCUUUGGCUGAUAGCAUUGAAUCCCUGGGCAUGGUUGGCUUAGCACACUUUUGGAAAGCUCCUGAUCUCCAACUUCAUGCAAACAGAAAGUAUAACUCUGCUCUAAGGCUUGUUAGUUCUCGCCUAAGAAACGAAGAUGAAGCACGAGCAGACCAAACCCUUGUGGCUGUGAUGCUCUUAGGCCUUUACGAAGUAGGUACUACGGACAGACGCAAAAUCUCAUAACGCUAAGGACUUAUUAGACAAAUACAUGUACCGGUCCUCAAUCGAUGCAAUCCUGGACCAAGCAUACCAUCGGAGCUUCAUCGUUGAUGCAACUCAAAGGGAAGCAGUGCCUUGAAAACCCUAUAGGCCGGCAUCUAUUUCUUCAUCUCCGGACUCAAGUAGUAUGUAAUCCACUGGCUCAAUUUUGGAGUUUCUCAUAAUAACUUUUCUAGAUCACAAAUUGUCUACAACGCCAUGUUUCUACUCCAUCUUUUAUUCGUGAUUGGUCAAAAUAUGCGAUCCAGUUUCAAUCGCCGAAUGAUGCCCAUGCUACAAUGCUCUCGGAACAAGUGAUGGAGUUUUGCGACUUACGUGCAACAAUGUCUUCUUUUCAUGAUCAUAGCAAUGCCGAAAAUGUUAUCAAAGCCGCUCUUACGAUUGACUCCAAGCUUGUAGAGUGGGCUUUUACCUGUCCUCCCGAGAGUAUGUUUUACAAAACUCUCACCUUGAGGCAAAGGUCUGAAGGUGUCUUUUCAGAUUAUUAUCAUAUUUACGAUAGUAUCUGGGCAGCCGCACUCUGGAACCAUUAUAGAUGCGUCCGGAUCCUCAUCAAUGAGGUUGUUUAUGUUCAGCUUGCACAUCUCAAAUAUACCCAGCCGGAUUUAUUCGUCUCGGAGCCGAGAAACCCUUCCUUCUCGGAUUCUCAAUUGGAAACAUCGACCACAACCAUCAUUCAAUUGUCACAUGAUAUAUGUGCUAGCGUACCAUUUAUGCUCGGAUACGAUGAGAGUGGAGAAGUGGCCUUGGGCAGUGCUAAAGCAGUUAGUGGUAAUCUGUUAUUAUGGCCUUUGUAUACGGCGGCUUGCACGGCUGCCGUGUCGGAUAUGAUGUGUCACUGGGUAGCUGGGAGGUUGAGGGUCAUAUCAGAUAUCAUGGGAAUAAAGCAAGCUGCUCCAUUGUCACAUAUCUUGAUAAAAAGAAAGGAUUUAUUGGCUUGGGAGCUUGAGGACAUUGAGAAUGGAGCUGCACCAAAUUAUGAAGAUUGGACACAUGGGCAAUUGAUGGAGCUGACAUGAGCUGAAGCAAAACUUUAGCUGUUACUGGAAAACAACAACGCGCUGAAGAGUGGAAUGACUGAGAACUUCGUCUUUUCUAAGCAUGGGGAUCCUUUUUGAUGUAUUUAUGUCUACCAUAGAUUAUCCGUCCCGCGGGUUACCUAUUAAACCUAUAACCCGCCC